AUUUUUUCAUCGAGCCAGUGAGGAAGAGCCACGUCAGCUUUUUACGACAACCCAUUCAGAAAAGUCCACGACAUCUUAACGGUGCGCAGAAUUGCAAGCAGAUUGAGGAAAUUUCGUGAGAUUGGGCUGACUAAACCUGAGCAAGCAGCACAGAGGCAAUGAAGAAAUCCAGACUGGUCAAUUACAUGAAAGGCGCAGCAGAAGCAGCAAACGUAAAGGCAUCGCUGCCAAUGAAUUAAGUCCGGUGUAGAAAAUCAGAUAAAAUUCAGUGCUCGCGCGUCGAACACGCCAAUUGAGAGCUCCAAUCAAAAAUGAAAAUUUAAUUUGCAAUUCGUAUUGCACUGCUAUCAAUUAAUAAUUGCAAUAACAACAUAUAACAUCAACAACAACAACAAAAUAUGGCACCAGUGCUCUUCUCCAAAUGUAUGCCACUUGGCUCCAAUUUGAAUUUAAACACAUUGCCCAAGCUGCGACCCGCUCCCUUAUCAGCCACUGCGGUGCUGCUGAAGGGCGGGUCGUCGCCUUCUAGUUCGGGUUAUUCAUCCUCGUCGAACAGUGUAGUCGAUGAGGAAACCGUAUCAAUGGCUUCAAACGCGGCGGGGCCCGCAAAGGCCAAAAAGCGUCGUCUGGAUCAUUUGUCAUGGGAGGAGAAGGUACAGAGAAAAAAACUAAAGAAUCGUGUGGCCGCACAAACCAGUCGUGACAGGAAGAAGGCGCGCAUGGAGGAAAUGGAGUAUGAAAUCAAGGAAUUGACAGAGAAAACGGAAAUAUUACAAAACAAGUGCGAAAGCCUACAGAGCAUCAACGAAUCGCUAAUGGCAAAGAAUCAAAAGCUCGACUCGGAAAUGGAAGAAAUGCGUCAAGAGCUUGCCGAAAUGAAGCAGCAUGCCAAAAAUUACAAAAACAACAACAACAACAGCAGCAGCAACAGCAACACAGCUGACAUCAAUGCAGGCGCUGAGGGCUGUGUGUCCACACUCACUGGAUCUGCAGCAUCCAAUGCUGACUCUGCAGCAGGGUACACAAGUGGACACACAGUCGUCAGCGCGUGCAUUGAUGACAUCUCGAAUGUUACAACAGCAGCUGAAGCAGAGCAACACAACAGCCUCACUUUGGAGAAUUGUGGCACUCUGCCUUCUAUACAAGACAUGCUGCUCGUCGACGAUGAAGAGUUCGAUGCGCGACGACUUGAAGAGCUGGCCGAGAGUCUCCUCGCAGAUAUCACAGCAGACCUGGAAGCAAGCAGUGGCACAUGCCGCCAAGCUGCUGCCAAAGAUGCAAGCGACCCAGAGCGACUGCCUGGAUCAGUGGUGGGGACCCCAGCAGAGUGCAUGGAAUCCAGCGGGCAUAGAGCUGAUGGCAUAAAUGAUCAUAUCAAAGCUCAGCCCGUUACGAUAUGCACAACGGCAUCCACGAACACCAACAGCACGGACAACAACAAAAACAGACCGCCUAUACAGGUGUCAACGAUAAAUGGAAACAUACAAAAAAAAGCUACGGCCACAACAACACCAACAUCAACGAAGACACUUUCAGCAGCUGCAUUCCUGCAGAGUGCCACACCGGAUACGGUGUAUGGCACGUACGAUGCUAAAACCAACUCCAUUACCAUUGUCAUGGACGGCGAUGCAGUGCCUGUGAAUGAGGCCGUUGAGGUCAUCUACGGUGAAGGCGUCAGUGCUGGCGAUGACAACACGACAGAUGCAAUCAUGAAGUGCCCGUUGCCAGCAACGUCGCCCUCACAGGUUUACCUCAACGUGAUCAACGCCACCGAUGACUCGGACGAUGAAGCGACCAGCCAUUUAAAUUUCGAGCCCAUCGAGAAAUUCCUGUGUCCACGCAUUAAAGCCAUUUCGCCGCUAGCCAAAUCACCUGCAUUAUCUAUGCAUUCAGCCACAUCGGAUCAUGGCUAUGAGUCGGUGAUUGGCUCCCCGUCAUCGACGACUCUGUCGCAUUUGGACAAUGACAUUGCGAUGGCCGCAGAGGACGAGGAAUUUCCCUGGGAAAGCAAUUUUGAUGAACUAUUUCCCAGUUUAAUCUGAACUCGACAGAGAGGCUUAAUUGUUAAUUUUUCAAAUUGAAAAACCUAUAGGAUCAGCCAACUCUCUCUUUUUAUCU